AUAUGAAUAUUCCAUCAUAUUCACUUAACACACUAAAGGGGUUAUAUGAUAUAUCUGGUGUGGAAGUAGGCCAACAUUUCUAUUGGCAAAUAGGAGGUUUCCAAAUUCAUGGCCAAGUACUUAUAACUUCUUGGGUUGUAAUUGCUAUCUUAUUAGGUUCAGCUGCUAUAGCUGUUCGGAGUCCACAAACUAUUCCGACUGGCGGUCAAAAUUUCUUUGAAUAUGUCCUUGAAUUCAUUCGAGACGUGAGCAAAACUCAAAUUGGAGAAGAGUAUCGCCCUUGGGUUCCCUUUAUUGGGACUAUGUUUCUAUUUCUUUUUGUUUCUAAUUGGUCAGGGGCUCUUUUGCCUUGGAAAAUCAUACAGUUACCUCAUGGGGAGUUAGCCGCACCCACCAAUGAUAUAAAUACGACUGUUGCUUUAGCUUUACUUACGUCAGUAGCCUAUUUCUAUGCGGGUCUUACAAAAAAAGGAUUAAGUUAUUUUGGUAAAUACAUUCAACCAACCCCAAUUAUUUUACCCAUUAACAUCUUAGAAGAUUUAACAAAACCUCUAUCACUUAGUUUUCGACUUUUCGGAAAUAUAUUAGCGGAUGAAUUAGUAGUUGUUGUUCUUGUUUCUUUAGUACCUUUAGUGGUUCCUAUACCUGUCAUGUUUCUUGGAUUAUUUACAAGUGGUAUUCAGGCUCUUAUUUUUGCAACUUUAGCCGCAGCUUAUAUAGAACUUAUCAUGAAUCCAUUUAUUUCUGCCGCUUCCGUUAUUGCUGCUGGAUUGGCUGUAGGGCUUGCUUCUAUUGGACCUGGAGUUGGUCAAGGGACUGCUGCGGGACAAGCUGUAGAAGGUAUUGCGAGACAGCCCGAAGCAGAGGGAAAAAUACGAGGUACUUUAUUACUUAGUUUAGCUUUUAUGGAAGCUUUAACAAUUUAUGGAUUGGUUGUAGCAUUAGCGCUUUUAUUUGCGAAUCCUUUUGUUUAAUAUGAGAAAAUAAAUAUGAGAAAUACAUAUUUCUUUUAUAGUCUUGGAUUUGCAGGUUGCUUUUUCACAUUAUAGUAAAAUAUCGCUCCUACACAAUUACUCAUUCGUUGCGAAAAUAACCCACGGGAAGGACUUAUUUGAGGAUGAAGAAUUAGUGUUACCCACUCGCUUUCUUCCUUCCUUCCCCUUCUUAGUUCCAAGGCGAAGUCUUGCAACAAAGGAGGUAUUUCGCAAUUCGCAUGAAACCUAG